AUCCAAAUUUGUUUGGAUCCGCCCCUGGACUGUAAUUUAACUGUGCAUGCAGCUACAUGCAGUACCACAUCACCUGAUACAUGACCCAAUACACAUAAUAUUAUGUCAUCCACUAAUGUUUGUUGGUUCUGAUUUGUUCCUCCCGAUUUCUUAAUCUCGCUGAUAUGUUGUUAUUAGUAUGUGGUAUGUUUAUUUACUGCCUACUGCUUACAUUUUCUCCGAGGGUCUGAGUGAUUCAGAGACUUACUGGUCUGUUUGUUCUGCUUUCCGGAAAACGGCGCUGAUUCCAACCAGCUGUUUCCCGCCUCACACAGAUCAGCUGCACACACACACACACCGUAGUAGGUGGAGACAGUCUCUCACACACACACACACACACACACAGACACAGGAGGGAACUCCAUCAGCUGUGAGAAGAGACAGGUUUAACUUUUGUUUUUCUAAACAAGUCUUCACAUUUUGCAGCGGUAUUGUCUGUGCGCGACUGAGAGUGCAGCGAGAGCUCUGCGGUUAAAUAAAAAAGAGAACAUCACUGUAUUUUAACGAGAGGAGCAGUGGAGGGAGAAAAACCAGCAAACACGGACUACAGAAGGUGGCUUUGAAAGCAUGGAAUAUUUCAUGAUGCCGACAGAAAAGAUACCGUCCUUACAGCAGUUCAAGAAGACGGAGAAGGAUGUUAUAGGAGGUCUCUGCAGCCUGGCCAACAUCCCGCUCAGUCCCGAGACGGCCCAGGACCAGGAGAGGCGAAUCCGCCGAGAGAUUGCCAACAGCAAUGAGCGCCGGCGCAUGCAGAGCAUCAACGCAGGCUUCCAGUCCCUCAAGACUCUCUUGCCUCACACAGAUGGAGAGAAACUCAGCAAGGCAGCCAUCUUGCAGCAGACUGCCGACUACAUCUUCACCUUGGAGCAGGAGAAAACACAGCUCCUGGCACAGAACAACCAGCUCAAACGCUUCAUCCAGGAGUUCAAUGGUUCGUCACCGAAGAGGAGGCGAGCAGAGGAGAAGGAUGAAGGGAUUGGCUCUCCAGACACACUGGAGGAGGAGAAGGUCGAGGAGCUGAGGAGAGAGAUGUUAGAGCUGCGACAGCAACUGGACAAGGAGCGCUCGGCUCGAAUGCAGCUGGAGGAGCAGGUGCGCUCCCUGGACACCCAGCUGCACCCAGAGCGCCACAAAGUGAUCGCCCAGCAGGUGGAGGAAGAGCAGGCGUUCAUUCAGAGCCAGACGUUGUUACGGCUGCAGCAGUUCCAAGCUGCUGACCGACAAACGCACAGUCCACAGGUGUUGGCUCCUCCCACUCCCCCUGCCCCAACUUACCACCCCACAGUCAUCGUCCCAGCUCCGACACUAACCCAGCACGGGCAGCAUCACAUCACUGUGGUGACCAUGAGUCCGUCUGCCCACACCAGCACUGCGUCCACGUCCAGACAGAACCUGGACACCAUCGUGCAGGCCAUCCAGCACAUCGAACGCGCUCAGGAGAGGAGAGCCAGCACUGAGGAGGAGCAGAGACGAGCGGUCAUCGUCAGCCCCACCCAUGUCGCCAUGGACACCACCUGCUCGGACACGAACACCGACACAGAUGGGGAGGACUGCUCGAUGAACUGAUCCAUCCCUCAAACUUACACACACUUAGAAAUACCUACUCACUGUAAGAUUAGAGCUUGACUACUUUUUUUUUUAAUCUUUCUUUGGCAUUAUCCAGACUCGUGCAUCCAGUGGUUAAGCUCAGUGUCAGUCAUGUACUGUAGAAUCUCUAAAAAAAUUGAAAACAUAGGAUGGUGACUUGCAGAGGGGGCCGUGUGGGAUCAGUCAGAGCCGGUGUGUGGCUACUUGAAAACUUAAGAGUCUCAUGUAAAAGGUUCUCUGCAGCAGUCCGUCCUUUGUGUGUUUGUUUUUGCUACAUAUGGUUGCUGUAUCACAGUCACCAGUCAUCCCUGGCAUGCUGGCAAUAUUUUUUUUUAAGUAUUUUAAUAAGCCCUUAAUUGAAAAUAAGCUGAACAAUUUACAUAGAUUUUUUUUUUUUUUUUGGCUUUUUGUUAAUGUUUUUUAUGUUUUAGUUAACAUUUACCUUGUCAGGGUUACUGAAUGUUGAAGGUGAACAUUGUAUUAUAUUGAGAUUGACAUAAAUUUGCAGUUUUUGACAGGAACUGGAGGACUUGAGAUGAAUUUCAUAAAUCCUUGGUUUUACUUUUGGGCCGAUUGGCGUCAGGCCCAUUCUUUUGUUUUCCGCUGGCGGAUGUUUUCAUCCCUGAUUUAACACACAAAAAAAGGAACCAAAUGUUGGCUGUUUGCCUGAAAACAUGGUUAUCAUUGUUCUUAACUCUUGAUUAAUCUCAGUUUGACUGAAUCAGUGUGAAAAUCUGAAACAUUUAGGUUCACGUGCUAAUUGAGCAUGAAAUCUUCCCGUCGUCCUCCAAAGACUUGGGUCUCGUCUUCUGGUCUGAUUUGUUGAUUUCAAACUAUGCACUAGAGUUUUUAGUAUUUAUGCAAUUCCAUCUCUAGUACAUCUAUUUUGUGUCAUUUAUACAUGAGGUGAAGUUAUCUAUGCACCGUCGAUAGGUGUGGCCGUUACACCUACAGUGUCUGUAUGAAACUUGACUUGCUUAUAUCAAAGAAUGUAGUCUCUACUUUGCAAGGUGCUCUUUGUCAACCUGGUGCUCUGCUGACGAGCAUUGAGCCGCAGCCAAAACCCUACAUGUAACUUCAUCUUGUUAAAUAUGAAUCUUGUUUCCUGAAAUUUUUGGGAAAUGUUAUUUGUGAUUUUUACUUAGAUUGUUUAAUUACAGGUGGCAGCACACUUUGUUUUAUCUCCCUGUGAUACAUGGGAAAGUAACAUUCAGAACGCAGCAGAGCCACAUCUUACUGAAGCCUGUCUCCCAAAACCAUUGUUUUGUGAACUGAAAAAAAGAACUCAAAGAGAAUAAGCAGCUUUACUUUGGAAAACUACAUAUGCAAUGAAAGGUUGAUGAGGUUUUUUUUUUAAUGCAUCAGAUGCCACAGAAAGUUCUCAGUGAGACUGAAAAUCAGUCUCUGAGCUGAACAUAUCUUCCCUCACAGUCCCCGACUCUAUAACAACACACCAAAUCUGUCCACCUCAUGUUACGCCGCUUCGAUUCCUCCCGAGAAUUUAACUGGAAAUCCCUGCUUGGAGCCACUCUGCUCUCAGACUCAGUUUGAUACGCUGCCUUGAUGCUGUAAACAUUCCUCUCUAUUUGGAUUAGUAUCUGUCUUUUGAUGUCUUAUGUGUUCUGCUGCCAAGUGAAUGCAUGUUACUAAUUGCUGUUUCUCUCAUCUAAGGUGGGCUUUUGUUUUGAUACUUUUUUUUUUUAUGGCAGUUUCCUUUCUUCCUGAGCACAUGAUUGAUGGGUUCAGUCUGAGAUGCAUAGACCCGAUUCACUCACCGACAUCAGUUUUAUACCUGGUCAGACUUGUGUUUUCAUGUCAAACAUGGGGGAGGGGACUUCUUUUGUUUUGUUUGUGAAGCUUUGUUAGAGGGUUUGGUGUCCGGGCUGACAAAUAUGAAGCCACAGCUCAGGCCGAGGUUUGUUAUUGGUCAGGGAAACACUUUGCCCCCAGAUGUUUAUGUACAUUGUGUUUGAGCACUGCUGUCUUUGGUGGAAUUUGAGAUAUUUGAUAUGAAGCACUUACUGUUCUGUACUGCCUGAAUCGCUGAUUUUUUUUUAAAGCUCUUUGCUGUGGCACAGUUUAAUAUCCAUUUGUGUUCUGUCUUUGCAUUUCUUUUUUUUGUCCUGUUUUCCAUUUUUCAGGGACACUUUUUUUAUACAUUU